AUGACUCAACCACCAAAAUAUACCGAAGAACAGCUGGAGGAAUAUCUCAAACGGAUCUCGUACCCUCACAGCGAAACCGAACUCACUCUAGUCCAAAACAUCCGUCAAAAUAUUGCAAAGGAUGCACUUGGCACAUUAUUCGAGCUGCACAGAAGACAUCUUACUUCGAUUCCAUGGGGGAAUUCGGGCCUGCAUUACUCGCAGCAUCACACCAUCUCCCUAAGCCCAGAAGCUUUGUUCGAGAAGAUUGUUGCCCGGCGUUUGGAUGGGUAUUGCAUGGAAAAUACAGGAUUGUUUCACAUUAUCCUGCGAUCCCUGGGAUACGUUGUAUAUGCCAUUGGCGCCAGAGUUGGCCAGGCUGUAGGCACGGGGGUGGAAAAUGGAUUGUUUUCACAGUUGAGCCAUAUGCUUUUGAUCGUUGUUAUUGAUGAGGUUAAAUAUAUGGUUGAUGUUGGAUUCGGCACCUACAACGCGACUGGGCCUUUGCUUUUACAGGAGGGCGUCAUUUCUACACGUAUCGCGCCGUCGGAAAUGCGUUUGAUCAAGGACAGCCUCGUUGAAGCUACAGACAAGAGCCAGAAGUUCUGGAUCUACCAAACUAGACACAGCCUUGAAAGCAAUUGGCUGUCGAUGAUCUGCUUUGCGGACAUGGAGCUCCUGCCGCAAGAUUUCGAACUCAUGAAUUUCGGCGUUAGUCAAAGGCGGGCUAGCUGGUUUACUCAGAUGUUUGUCUGCACGCGGAUGAUUCUUGAUUCGACCGGUCAAGAGAUCAUCGGACAGUGCAGUCUGUCCGGGAAGGACGUUAAGAGAAGGAUCCACGGUCAGACGGAGGUUCUGGGUGUUAUUGAAAGCGAGGAUGACCGGGUCAAGGCCCUGGCGGAGUACUUUGACAUGCACCUUCGUAACAGUGAAAUCCAAGGGAUUCGGGGAUUGGUCUCGCAGGUCCGAUAG